AUGUCUUUUUCCCCUUCGCUACCUUUUAUUUUCUCCUUCUACGUCUCUCCUUCCAAUCGUUCUCUUUCUUUGACUUUAUUUUUGAUCUUUUCUCUCUUUCAUUUCUUUCUUUCUUUCUUUCUUUCUUUCUUUCUUUCCUUCUAUAAUAAUAGCCAUUAUCUCUCUUACUGUCUCUCUCACUGUCUCUCUCUCUCUCCUAAUAUCUCUUUUUCUCUCCCUCCCUUUUUCUCUCACAACUUCUCUCUCUCAAUCUCUAUUUUUCCCUCUCACUCACUCACUCUCUCAUACAAUGACUUUCUCUCUCUCUCAUUCCCUCUCUCAAUCUCUCUCUUCUCUAUCACUGUCUCUCCCAAUAACGCUGUUCUCUCUCUCAUUCUCUCUCUCACUCUCUCUCUCAUUCUCUCACUCACUCUCUCUCCCACUAUCUCUUUUUCUCUCUCUUUCUCUCUCUCAAUUUUCUCUCUUUCACUCUCUCUCUCCCACUAUCUUUCUCUAUCUCACUCUCUCUCCCACUAUCUUUCUCUAUCUCAUUCUCUCUCCCACUAUCUAUCAUUCAGUCGUUCUCUCCCACAAUCUCUUCUCUCUCUCUCUCUCUCUCUCUCUCUCUCUCUCUCUCUCCUACUAUCUCUCUCUAACUCGCCUUCAUGGUUAGCCGCCCCCCCCCCGCCUAUGGCUGGACUUUGGUUAAUUUGUGCUCCAGCUCCCUUAAAGAAGGCAUAA